GCCGCACGGUGGUGAAGGAGCGUAAACUUGAGUCGGAAGAUAAAUGUGGAGGUUGUCGUGAAGCUGUCUUUGUGCUGUGUUUGAGCCUCACAGAUGGAUACAGCAGCUCUUUUAGCUCCAGUUACAGCUGUGGAGUUUAUUCAGGAGCUUUUUCUGCUAACAGGUGAAGGUCCAGUCUUGACGGUGUAUAGUCUCCAUCCUCACCCUAAAGUCUGCACCUUACUGAGCGUGCUCCAACACCACCGAAUCCACGGAAUAAGACCCAGAGUCCCGGCAGGUGUCCGACUGAGCAGCCAUGUCACAGGAGCGUUUGAGGACAAAGACAGGCUGAGCUCCAUCACAGAGACUAGCUGUUAUGACGUUGCUGUAUUUGGAGGCAAGGCUGUCAGGUUGGUGAGGUUGCAUGUGAAGCUCCAGGAUGGAGACAGUCUGCAUUUGGAGAGCAUGGGUCCCAUCAUGGAGCUACAUAACUGGAUCCUGGAAGUCCGUUGGCUCGCUGGAGACGGAUGCCGGCUUCUGUGUGUGGCUGUAGCCCACAAUAGUGCCAUCCUGCUGGACACCAUCACAGGAGAAGCCCUGAGUCAGUGCUCCUGUCUGGAGGGGUGCCUGCUGUACUCUGCCCUCCUUCUCGUAGAUGAAACAUGGGCGGAUACUGUUGUGGUUGGAGGGACUGUUUUUAACCAGCUGGUCCUCUGGAAGCCUGGAGAAAGUAGGAAUCCUGAUUGUAAAGCUCCUGUGGAGAGGCGUCUGCUGGGACACAGCGGUGUGAUCUUCAGUAUCUCUUACCUCCAUGAGAAAGGAUGGCUAGCAUCUGCUUCAGAUGACCGCAGUGUAAGGGUAUGGGGCGUUGGUGCUGUGGGGGGCCCUGGCGGCAUAUGUGGGGACCUGAACCCAACCUGCCUACGGGUCUUAUAUGGACACCAGGCACGGGUGUUCUCGGUGCGUCUCUCUGCAGCCAAAGUGUUUAGUGCCGGAGAAGAUGGGGCCUGUUUAGUCUGGGACUGGGCUGAAGGUGGGAAGGUGGUCCGGAUGUUGAAGGGACACAGAGCAGGAGGGGUUCGGGCAUUGGCAGUGAGUGAGGGUACAAGAGAUAAUGAAGCUGGAAGGAGGUGGGUGGCUACAGGUGGAGCAGAUGGUGGCGUGAGGCUGUGGAGGGUGGAAGGAAGUGAGGAGAGAAAGGAGGAAGCAGCAGGUGAGAAGUUAACUGACCUGAAGUUUCCUGGCCAGGGCCUCCCUAAGGUGGUGUGUGUCGCUGAGGCAAAUGGUACAAAUGGAAGUUGGAGCCAGAGUACCUUUGUAGUCUGCACUGAUCAAGGAAUGGUCUACAAAUACAGCGACGGCCACUGGGAGAAGAUGUGGGAGGGAUCUGGUGAGUUUCAUUCUUACUGCGUGAUGGAAACAAUAACCGUCAGGACAAAAAACUCUGCGAGUGCAGUUCAGCUGUGCGCUGUGGGGAACUUGAGCGGCUCUGUCCAGGUCUUCCCCCUCUCUCAGCCUCAAUGUGGGAUUCGUCUCACAGGUGGUUCCAAGAAGAUCCACAGCCUUAUAUGGCAAAAGGGUGAACAAAGUGCCGGUCAGGUAGCGUUUCUACUUGCAUCAGGAGCUGAGGGGCUCGUUUAUCGCUGGUGUGUAGAAGUCACAAUGAAAGAAAGCGGCUCUUUGUCUCUUUGUGAAUGUGCCCUUCCUUCUUUCCUUCUUCCCCCCUGUGCGAAAUGCUGGCUGACUGCUGCUUUGCGCCUCUACUCCAAAACUCAGGGGGCGCUGUGGGUGUGCGGGGACAGGAGGGGCUCUCUGCUUUUGUUUCAGGACCAAAAUAAGCCAGAAGAAUCUGGAGGUGUUGAUGGCAACAACAGGACAAUGGAGGAGAGAAUAAGAGUAGUAAAGCUGGAGCCACUCAGUUGCCUGUUUGGGGUGCACGGAAAACAGGGUGUAACAUCAGUGUGUGACCACCAGGGAGUGCUGUACAGCAGCGGCAGAGACGGUUGUGUGAGGGUUUUCAGAGUGCAUGUAACGGAGAAGAACGGCGAAAGGCUUCAGCUAGAAGUUCUGCGAGUCCAGAGGGCCUGCAAGGGUAUGGAGUGGCUGGAAAGGGUUUUGAUUCUGGAAGCUGAAAUUCCAAAGCAGGAAGACGACGAGGAGGAGGUGUGUGGGAGCCAUUCCGAGACAGAUCCAGAGGAAGAAGAAUCAAAUGAGGGCUGCAGAGGAGACACCAAGGCACAAGAAGCCAGGUUUGCCAUUGUUGGGUUUCAUGCUGACCGCUUUGUAGUGUGGGACCCAGUGAGGCAGGAGCGACUGCUAGCCGUGCCGUGCGGUGGGGGACACCGCUCCUGGGCUCUCUGGCCCCCCUGUAAAGGGGUAUGGCCUGGGUAUGCAGCACUGAUCUUUAUAAAACAGGGGACCGUCCUCACUUCUCAGCCUCCUAGAGAGGCACCAGACUGGGUUGAGAAAGCAGCAAAGACCGGUGGGUGGACCCUGAAAGAAGGCAUCCAUGGGAGGGGCAUCGGGUGCGUCUGCAGACUGGGGAGAAUGCGAGGAACUGAGACUGAGAACCAGACAGACAGUGCUUUGAAUACGUCAGAAUUUAAGGCAUGGAAAUGGUUCAGAGAGGAAGGGAAGGAGGGGUACUGGGAGGUAGUGGUGACGGGAGGAGACGACACCAGUUUAACGGUUCUGUGUGUGCAGCCGGAGACAGGAGCCGUGAAGGUUCUCUCGGUCAUUACAGACCACAUCUCCAGCAUCCGGACGGUAACAGCAGUAAGUCCUAUUGAUCAAAGUCGAGCAGUCAUGGGGACAGAGUCUCUGUCAGCUUUACUCCUCUCAGCCGGUGGGCGGGCUCAGAUGCAGUGUUACCGGCUGUUGAUUGGCUGGGACAGAAGGAGGCUGGUUCCUACAUGUCAGGUGAUCCAGGUGGCCAGUCACCGACUGGACGAACACUGGGAGAGGAGACGGAACCGACAUAAGAUGGUGAAAAUGGACCCAGAAACCAGGUACAUGUCAUUGACUAUUGUGGAUGAACGGACAGACUGCGUUAUUGUGGGCGUGGCCUGCAGUGAUGGCGCUGUCAGAUUGUUUUCAGUCAGGGACUUUGAGGGUCGAAUUGAUUUGUUGUGGGAGAAUUUUUACCACCAGCGGUGUGUGCUCAGUGUCGCCACCUGCAGCUUGGAGGACAGAAGUGGCAACAGAUGCUCGCUGCUCUUCAGUGCUGCUACAGACGGUCACAUUGCAGCGUGGGAUUUGACCCCCCCUCCUCCCUCUCUGACCAGCAGUUCAAGUGAUUUUUCCACCGCCUCAGGUCCCUGCCUCAGCAUUCCCGCCCACCAGAGCGGCGUCAACACUUUGGCUGUUUGGCCAGAGACAGUCGAACAACAAGAGGGCGGUUGCCUAGUAACCGUUGCUAGUGGAGGGGAUGACGGACAGUUGACGGUGUCCUCCAUUAGGGUGCAGCGCCAACAACACAAAAACCCUGAAGACAACAGGGGGUCGUGUCAUAUUUCUGUACAAACUCAAACCCCGCUUUGCCUUCACCUCAUGUCGCAGUGUCGCAUCCCAUCAGCCCAUGCUGCCGCUCUGACCAGCCUGAAGCGUCUCUGCCCGGACCUGCUCGUGUCCACCUCUCCAGAUCAAAGAGUCUGCCUUUGGAGGCUCAACAGUACAGCGGUCACCCACACAGGGGCGCUGUGCUCCCAUGUAGCAGAUGCUGCAGGACUGGCAGUGUGGGAGGGGCCAGAGAGACAGCAGGAGGAGGAGGAGGCUGAAGUUUGGGGAGGAGCAGGGAGUCGGAGGGGAUUAGAGACAGAGCGUGAGACAGCUGACGAGACGGAACCUGCUGGAGACACAAGUGAGACAGGUGACCCAGUUAGCCUGAGUGGUGAUAGAAAGGGAGGCGAGCGAGAAAAUCAGACACGGAGGGUUUCGAACACCGAGACGAUUUUGAGGAGUUCCUGCGAGAGCAGAAAAAAGACAAAUCAGACACGAUGGGUUCUAGUCUCUGGACAAGGCUUCCAGCUAAUACGAGUCCCAAAUGCAGAGACGAUAAAGGAGUCGAAGUGACUUUCCAGGAAGAACCAAAAUAAAAGUUAGGGGAAAGAAAAAGCAUUCCUAGCUUCUUUAAACUUUUAGAAUUUAUACUCUGAACUGUCAUAACCUAAAUUACAUAAAAACACACGCAAAAUAAGUACUCAGCGUCUUUCUGAUGAAUUAUCGCUUUUACAGCCAGCUGGAUUUACAUAUGGACUUAAGUGUCAGCCAGCAGCCUUUUUUUUAAGCUGUGACUGGUGAAAUAAUCAGCAAAGAUUUAUUAGUUACUCUCAUUCUCCUCAUUCAGAUCUUCUUUUUUUAUGGCAGUUGACAUCCAGCUACAUGGUGCGUUACUUCCACCGCCUGCUCCCGAGUGUGGAUCAGACAGUACCUCAUUUAGAUCUGUAUACAGGAGCAGGUUGUCAUGUGUACAUGGUGCCAUCUUGUGUCUGUAGAUGAUAAUGCAGGAUGUUUUUCAUAUAAAUGGCUUUGAAAUAGACCAACUAAACAAGAAAAGUGUGACCUAUAGUCCAGAAAAUACAGCACUAACAAAGCAAAUUAAUGGACCAGUCUGUGUUUUAUGUUGUCAUCAUGUUAAAAGUUUCCAACGUGGCCCAAAGCAGAAGGUUCUUUCAUCCUCGCCUGUAUCGAUCAGAACCCAAAGUUGGACAUCUGAAUGUGCUCUAGUAUUUGUGGAGUUAAUUACAGAAAUGUUGUGGAUCCACUUGCUCACUGAUUCUGUUAAUCCUGUUCAUGCUGUGCUAAUCAGCACACACCUGCUGUGUGAAGCUGUAUUUCCUGCACGGUUGUCUCAAAGCCGUGUGGAAAUUAUCUGUGACGAGCUGUUUGAGGAGGAUUCAGACUUGGUUGGAGGAGGUUCGGGGUUCCGGCAGGUCAAAGGUGAAGACUUGUAACCGUGCACGCUCUCACACUGUGAAAUGCUAAUGUGAUGCUGUCCAGUCGUCAGACGCUAAUGCUGCGAAAGUGGCAGCUGCAUGAGGGUCUUUGCACGAGUAUUUGCAUAUUUUGUGGGCGCGUGUGUGUGUUCAUAUGCAAAUAAUGUCAGAUGAAGUGUGAGAUGGCGAGCAGCGUUUUUCACCUGCAACAUUUUGAAUGUCAGCUGUGCAUGCACGUGGCGUUUCACAUGCACCUGCCUGGAAUUGAAAUGGAAAUCAGAUAAAGGGCUCCUCUGUGUGCGUGCACGCACAAAUGAUGAUCUGCUGAUGGCAGUCAAAUAAUAUAGUGUCUGUGUGUGGGUGGAGGGCCCGGUGAGGGUCAGAGCUCAUGAAGGAGCCACGUGCACACACCUAUGAAUAUUUUAGCCUUGUCUCAUGUUGCCUUUUGUUGAGCGCCGUCUCACCUCCUGCCAGUCAGAAGAGGAGGAGGAAGAAGUGGGUGAAGUAUCAUGAAAACUACAGCAUCGUGCGCGUAAAGUGCAAACUAGUUUCCAAUUCCACAAAUUUUACCUUGUAAAAAUUUUUCAAGGUGAAAGUCCUGUUAGAAGUGACUUUUCCUAAGCUAAAUUACAAAAUGUAGAUUAAAGGGCUUUCCAGGGUUAAAAUCAAAUGUCCGCUAAAUCCACAGUAAGGAUCUGAUGCAGAUCAAACUUAGUCUGCUCAUUGAGAGUGCCAGUUUGUACCUUAUUGUCAUAAAUUACAGUGAUUGAGGCACGUUUGAGCUAUAAUGUAAAAUGUACAUCAAAUGGACUUUUCAAUAUUAA